CAGAACGGAGACUCGCAAGCCAAGAAAUUUCCAAGGCCGUUCAAGGACCUCAUGCCAGAGCCACGGUUGGGAUUUCACAGCAUGAGAGCCCCAGCCCCUUCCCCUGCCCCUCUGAGAAGCGCUCAGGUGAGCUGCCAGCACCGGGUCUGAUUUCUGCCUUGGUGGGAGCUCUGAGUGGGUGUCUGGGGGUGAGAGGAGCAGAGCGCAGGCAUGGGAAGAGCAAGUGUCAAAUGUUUCUGUACGGUGCAGAUGGUCACGUGAGCUCUGAGCCAGCAGAGAAAGCCAAGAUGACCGAGCAGGUCCCUUCCCUUCCUGAACUUCCUGCAGCUGCUCAGUGUCCAGUGAAAACUUGUUUGUGAAAUCUGUUCCCUGAGGCAGCUAAACCCUUGUUUUGUGCUGUAGUGUUGCGUUUGUGCAGACGUUGAGGGCAGAUGUUUGUCUUGUUGUUGAAUAACAGAGGGAAGAAAAUUCCAUUUGAGAGUGACCUCCAAAAAUGGAGGACAGAGGAGUCGGAAAAAAGCUCAGUGGAAAUCCUGUGUAAGUCCCUGCUCGUUGCUGAUGUGGUGUCCCGUGAGGAGUUACGCUGCUGAAGGUGCCUGUGGCUUUCCUUUCAGGGGCGAGCUGCCCAGACCUCGUACAUUUUUCUGCACAUUCCUUACGAUGCUUUGGAAGAUGGCCAAAGUACAGUUCCUUGAUACAUCCUUCAGCUUUUGCAAAAUGUUUCUGUUUUCCUGUUCAGAUCAGGAUGGUUCUCUGUGAUAACUCUGGGAGCCAAGAAGUCGUCCUCUGCAUGGUAUGUGCUCUGGUCUAGCUUAACAGCAAGGGGACUCCUGGGGCGCCCCAAGUGAGCACUGUGAACCUGUCUGGGUACUCCAAAUAGCUCCAUGUGCUCUUUGUAUCGACCACAAAACAAGUCCCAGAACAGUCCCAGUGAGUGUCCCUGACGUCAUGGCACCUGUGGGUCUUGGCUGACACCCAGCUUGAAACCUCCACUAGCAGCAAAGGGAGAGAGAGAGUUUAGAAGACAAAGUUUAUUGCAGGUGGAAUAAAGAAAGAUCAUCUUUGCAAGUCGAGAGGAAGCAGAAGGCUCUUCUAAGCUGCAGGAGCUUCAGAGGAAGUGGUUCAUCUCAGGCAGGGGCAAGAAGUUGCUAUGGAGAUCCCUCGUUGAUAGUCUUGUAUGUGCUUAUCUGUACGCUGAGCUGCACAGUGAGUGAGACGGUAUGCUUCUUCCUCUGGGCUCCAGGAGUCUUUACCACUGCUGCAGGUGGGUGACAUCCUAGGUUUGCUGUUCCCAUAUGACUGAGAGAGCUUAAAUGGUUGCAGAAUUGGUCAGGAGGUGAAUUAUAUCAAAAGUGAACUGUGUUGUAUUGGAAUUGCACCCUGCAGUCUGUUGGCUAAGGGAAAAACAGCAUUUGGAGAAGAAAUUCAUGUGGUCUAACAAGGAGGUGAGGCUUGGGGUUUCAGGUGUAGAAGCUGAAAAUGCAUGUGCCAUCGUACCCACCACUUCUGCUAGCUGGAGCCAUGGGUUUAAACCACCAUGCAGAAAUUCAAUUGGAUGCUGCCCUUGAAAAGAAAUCAAAGAAAAACAGCAUUAUCAGCUGGAGAGAGAAAAAAAAAAGUAAUAUGUCAAAUGAAGAUUAGAAGGCUGUACUGAAAAUCUCUACAACAGGCACCACACGUGAGUAAGGCUGCUGCUGAAUCCCUGCAUUGAUCGAUGCUGGCUCAGCUGCACCCAGCUCUGCAACAGUGCCACCCAGUGCACCUAAAGUGGGAGACUUGCUUAGCAUUUUGCAAACUGGAGCUGUAGGAAACAUGGAGUGGUUUUAUCUUCCUGGCCUGGACGCUGCCCCAAACACAGGGAUGCUGUGUAAACAGCAACACAACAGCAACAGCAGUACCUGUCUUUCUGGCUGGGGUUUCAAAAGGUGAGUUUUCAGCUUCUUGUGUGACCACAGUGCUGAGAAAUGCCUUAGAAACAAACCCAAACCGAUACUGGCAAGUUUCUCAGCCAGCAACUUUAGCAGUGGGGAUGGGAGAGAUGCUACAAAUAGCACGAGAAUGUGUAACAGAGCCAGCUCCACCUCCAGGGCCUGGCCUGGAGCCAGCCCGAGUUAAUUCAUUCCCUGUGGAGCUGGGAGCCUGAGGGAUACUACUGAUACAGCCGUGUUGUGUUCUCCCCUAGCACUUGUUCAGGGAGGUAGCAGAGCUGAGGCUUCACCUAAAAAUAAUGGUGUGAAAUAGUAGUUUUGCCCUGACAGAAGCUUACCAAGAGGCACAAAGCUGUGUGAUCUUCAGCAUGCAGUGCCUUCUCGCAGUCUCUAUAGCAAAAAGUAGCUCUUCACAUCGCUUCAGGAUGACUGCACCACCGAGCUGUGCUGCGAGCAGGCACAUGUGGUGAGGGCUGGCUGAUAGCAGUGCCUCGCUGGGGCAGGUGGCAGCUCUGGGCACGGUGCUUGGCCAAGCCUGCGAUCUGUGUGGUUAUCAUGUCUGUCACGCAGCGAACACACAGCAAUUCACCUCCCUCGGGGUGGUUUAAUUCCUCUCUCUGAGGGUGGUUUGCCUCCCAGCCCUUACUGCAAGCAGAGCAGUAACAGAGCAGCCUCUGCCCAGCCCACUGCCUGUGGACUUGCAGUAUUGCUUUCCAGCCACAAAGCUGUCCACCACCAAAACCAGGUGCUUUGGCCCCUUAUCUGUAAGGUUUUUGUCACGCAGGAGCUGGCAGGUGAUGUGGAGAGCCCUGCAGUUUCCCUGUCCUCACCACCACACAGCCAAAGCAGCUUUGGUGACUGAAAUUGAAGAAAAUCUCUGCUUUGAUUGUAGAGUGAGCAUUUGGGGAAGUAAUCAGCCUGCUGCGACAGCAACCCAGGAGCUGCCUGCCACGAGCCCGGCCCCAUCCAACCCCACGUCCACCACAGCCUCUGCUCCCAGAGAAGUGCUUCCACCUGAAGCUUAUGGCCAGCACCACGAUACAUGCACCAUGGUGCUCUCCAGGUUUCCCACCUGCAUCCCAGCACAACCAUGCUGGGCACGGCAGUGCGGUUCUCAGUCCUGCUCAGCCUCCUUGGCUUCGGGAAGGGGCAGAUGUUUCACAUGGGGCCGUGCCCAGACCCCCCCGUGCAGGAGGACUUCGAUAUCUCCAAGUACUUGGGAAAAUGGUACGAGAUAGAAAAGCUGCCCUCAAAUUUCGAGAAAGGAAGCUGCAUCCAGGCAAAUUACUCGCUGAAGGAGAACGGGAAGUUUAAAGUGAUCAACAAGGAGCUGCUUUCCAGUGGCAAAGUUAACGAAGUUGAAGGAGAAAUCAUGCACACGGAUGUCAAGGAGCCGGCCAAGCUCAGUGUCCGCUUCAACUGGUUCAUGCCUUCUGCCCCUUACUGGGUUAUCUCCACCGACUACGAAAACUACUCGCUGGUGUACUCCUGCACGAACAUCCUCUGGCUCUUCCACAUUGACUACGCCUGGAUUAUGUCAAGAGCUCCCGACAUGCACCCGGAGACCGUGGAGCACCUGAAGAGCGUCCUCCAGUCCUACAAGAUCAACACUGAGAAAAUGAUGCCCACGGAUCAGCUUAACUGCCCCGCUGACAUGUAACUCCUGGCACGCAGUCACACAGCGCCAGACCAGCUAUGAACUUUGUUGCUUUUGUUAUUAGCCAUUAGAUUUCUCUUUGUAACAGAGAAAUGCAAUAAUCCCUUUGCUAAUGGUAGUUUGCCAGCCCUGAGUCACUCCGUGCUGUUGCUCCCUCUGUUGCUGUUCCCCGUUUCAUCUCACUCUGCCUGACUUUGGCAGAGUGGCUGAUUCAAAGCUGAUGGGUGCAGAAAAGAAACCCUGACAUGCAGGCGUGAAGCUCUGCUGUUGCUGCAAAUCCUCCAGCAUGUGGAUGCAGAAAGUUACGAGCUGCUAUGUGCAAAUGUUAGCCCCAGGGGGAACCACGCACCCACGACCUCUUUUGAUGCUUCUGGGCCUGCUGGGAGCACACAGUGUCUGAGUACAUGGGGUCGGAGCUGCAGCCUGGGGCCUGGGGCUGGGAGUUUUGAGCACAUUUUCUGGUGCGGGGCAGUAGGUGGAAGCUACUGCCAAGUCAGUAGAUCUACUUGCUAGGGUUUGGGUCUGGCCUUUUUUAAAGUAUGAGAAGUCUGAAAAUGUCCAGAAAACCAGUAUUGCUCCAUCCCUGGUGUCUGUACAUGUCUUUCUGUGCCCCUAGCAAGGCUGGUCCUGCACUACCAGAGCUCUGAGCAUACCCAUAAGCAGACACAAAGAGUGGGGGCUGCUUGCUUGGCCUCUGCUCCCGAGGCUUCCCCCUGCUCACCGCCUCCUGCGAGCCCACUGGCUCUGCCCCUGCCCUGCCAGAGGCUCCGCUACAGCUCUGCUCACACAGCACUGAUGCAACUCAUUAAAACGAAAUCCAAACA